CCUUGGGUUUCUGGGGUCCUGGGGUCCGGCAGCCCCGCUCCUGUCACUGGCCAGCGGUCUCUGGGGCAGGUGUGGCACAGGUGGGCAGUGGCUUCUGAGGGUCCCACAGCUGCCCCUCCAAACAUGUCCUCAGGCCAGCCGGUCCAGGCAGCCACCGCAGGGUCUCCAGGCAGCCGUCCUUACAUCUAGGAGUCAGUUGGCUUUUAGCCAAAGGUGGGAGGGACUAUUUGGCUGAAAACCCUAAAAGAGAGAGAAACAGAGACAGAGACACAGACAAGCAGAGACUCGGCUGCUGUGAAGCGUGUCCCUGGCCCCUCCUCCCUGAAACCCUGUGACAGAGGCAAGAUGUCAGGGUGGAGCAUCUGCCCCUGCAGGCUCCAUGGUGAAGGUAACAGUCGCCCGAGUCAGACCUGCGGCUGCCCCUUCCUGGGCUUUGGCAUUUUGGCCCAGCCCUGCUUCCACCGCCCUCGAGUUGGCCAGACCUGGUGACCUCCAGUCUCCUGUCACUGCCUGCCCUCUGCUCCUCGUGGCUGCCAGGCCCCUGCUGCCUCAGAAGCACCACUUCUUAGGUUUUGAACCUUUUGCUCCAGUCACACUGCUCCUGGGCCUCUUCCGAAGCCCGGGGCUGGAAGGAAAGGCUGUCCCAUCUCUGGGGUGGGGAGGUGCGGGGCUCAACGUCUGAAGCGGCGAAGCCCAGGGACCAGCCACUUUUUCCUCAGCCCCAGCUGUCCUCCCAGAGCCCUUCCUAGCAUCCCACCCUCACAUUUUCCCGUCCCCCCCACUGGUGGCUGUGCGGCCUUGGCCCUGGCCCCAUCCUGCAGAGCCCACAGGAAAGGCCUCCACCCAGCUGCUCCAGCCUUUCCCUCCCCCAACUCAGCCCGCCCGGGGCCUGCGAGCAGACGGAGGUGGCUCUGGCUGCCUGUGGGACUGAGGUGGCGGUCAAGUGGGCUUGGACUGGGACCCGGCAGGCCGUGUCUGCAGCUCACGAGGAAUAAGCUCCCCUCCGUCUUUAAGUCCUGCUCAUGCCUCUGGCACCGGGGACCUCGCACACGUCUGACUUUGCUGGGAGGAGCUGGAGCGAGGCCUGGACUGAGGGCAGGGACACUCCAGGUGACUGCAUCCCGCCCAGCAUGGUGGCCCCACCGUCCCCACCGCCCCCACCACCAGACCCUCAGUUUGUCCUCCGAGGCGCCCGGUCAGCAGUGCAUGCGCUGCACUUCUGCGGAGGAGCCCAGGGGCAGGGGCACCCGCUGCUCCUCUCAGGGUCUCUGCACGGGCUGGUGCACAUCUGGAGCCUGCAGACACGGAGAGUGCUCGCCACCCUGGAUGGCCACGCGGGCAAGUGUGUGACCUGGCUUCAGACUCUGCCCCCAGGGCCCCAGCUCCUCAGCCAGGGCCGGGACCUGAGGAUGCACGUGUGGGACCUGGCAGAGGGCAGGAAUGCCAUCGUGGACUCUGUGUGCCUGGAGAGCGUGGGCUUCUGCAGGGGCUCCGUCCUGGCCUGUGGGCCUCAGCGCUGGAUGCUGGCCAUGCCAGGGAAAGGCGGCGACGAGGUUCAGAUUCUGGAGAUGCCAUCCAAGACGUCAGUGUGCUCCCUGAAGCCUGAGGCUGAGGCCAGGCCGGGCAUGCCCAUGUGCCUGCAGCUCUGGCAGGCUGACUCCAGUCCCCUCCCACUCCUCCUGGCUGGCUAUGAGGACGGCUCGGUGGCCCUGUGGGAUGUCUCUGCACGGAAGGUGUGCAGCCGUGUCGCCUGCCAUGAAGAGCCCGUCAUGGGCCUGGACUUCGACUCCCAGAAGGCCAGGGGUGUCUCGGGCUCUGCAGAGAAGGCACUGGCCGUCUGGAGCCUGGAUGAGCAGCGAGCUUUGCAGGUGCAUGGAACUCACCAGCUCACCAACCCUGGGGUCGCCGACGUCAGGAUCCGGCCAGACCAUAGGCUCCUGGCCACCGCGGGCUGGGACCAUCGCAUCCGUGUGUUUCACUGGCGGACGAUGAAGCCGCUGGCCGUGCUGGCCUUCCACAGCGCCGCUGUUCACUGCCUGGCCUUCGCCACGGAUGGCCUGCUGGCCGCGGGCUCCGGGGAUCAGCGCAUCAGUGUCUGGUCGCUCUACCCGCGCAUGUGACAUGCUGACAGCGGGGAGGUGGGUGCGCAGGUCACGAGGGCUCCAUUAUGGGAAGAGCCAACGUACUUCUGGCUUGGCACUUGCUUCCUUGGGUAUGGGACAGUGACUGCGGUUUAAAGUGUAACUGGGCCGGACACUAGGCACCUGCAGCCCAGGUCAAAGGCUGACUGGGGGCGCCUGACAAUAAACUCCGUUUGCAAACCUGCA